GCUGCAGCAGACACUGAGGUGUGUCCUCCUGUCACUCUACACAAUAACAACAACGCUGUCCGGCCACUUUUCAAACUGGACCAAACUUAAUCCAGGAUGUGCUCCGUCGUCGGAUGUGAGUCGUGGCGUCGCGGUGCGCAGCGGUUUAAGUUACCGGAGGAUCCGGAGAGGAGGCUGGAGUGGGUCCAGUUCCUGCUCGAAGUCAACGUGCAGCGGCUGAAAGAGUCGUCCUGGACCGAUAUCACCAUUUGCAGCGAGCACUUUCCUCGCGGUUGUUUUGCAGACGUGACUCGGACCGGCACGGUCCAGCUCAAGUCCAGUGCUGUCCCAUCACUGUGUCUCAAGUCAGAGUCAGACGGACCUGAGCCACACCAGGAGACCUUGGAAAUCGCAGAAGUUGCCUCUCAGAGUGAUCAGUUUAGAGCAAAUGACACUCCGUCGUCCUGUUCUGAAGAAUCAGGGAUCACUUCAUCAGCUGCCCAAGACAGCCCAGAGCCGAGCGACACUCCAGACGCUUUAAUGUAUGAUUAUGCUCAGAUGCUGCAAAAAAUCGUGAACAUCGAUGCGAUCAGGGAAAAAGCUGCUCUUCUACAGAUGAAAGGAAAGUAUGUCGUGAAUGAAAAUCGCCUCCUCCAGUUGUUUAGCAGCAAGUGCCCGCUGUGUGGUUCUAAGGUAAAGGUGGAGAAGGUCACCUGUGGGCUGCUGAUCAUCUUGAACCAACAGUGCCUUCAGUGUGAGUACAGAGACCAGUGGAAAAGCCAAGUCAAUGCCAGUGUCCCAGCAGCUGAAGGCUCAGAUCUGAGUCCAGAGAGCAAACAGACAGCGUCAGCACACGCUUUUAUCAAUGAGGAGGGUGAUCCCACGGAAGAAACGGAGGAAUCAGGCGAUGAAGGCGGCACGGACUCAGACGAGGACUGGAAUCCAAAGAAUGAGAUUUCACUGGAUGGCAGGCUUCUUAAAGACGAAUCUGAUGAGGAAAGUGAAAGUGAAAGCGACAAUGAAAGCUAUGAUUAUCCUCCACUUGCCCUCAAACACAGUCAGCUCUGCACGGAGUGCGGAAAGUUUUUCAACAAGCAGCGGUCUCACACGUGUGAGCACAAAAUCAAACCCUUUUCCUGCAACAUUUGUGGCAAGAGAUGCGUCAGUGAAGUCGCUCUAAAUUGCCACAGCAGAGUCCACGAUGAAAACUAUGAGCAUCGGUGCAAAUACUGCCACGCUACGUUCAAAACGAAGGUGGACAAACGCACACAUGAGCAGACCCACGUCACUGAAGGGAAGCCCUACAAAUGUCCCGACUGUUCAGAGACGUUUGCCACAAACAAGGACCGCAGCAUCCACCUGGAGGAUCACAGAGGCCCCCGGCAGUUAAAGUGUGACAUCUGUGGGAUUGAAUUUUACCGUCCACUUUCUCUCCAGAGACACUUAGCUGUGCACACAGGGGCGAAGCCAUUUAAGUGUUCAGUGUGCCAACGUGGCUUCAACCAGGCAAGCCACCUGAAGUCCCACAUGCGUCUGCACACGGGGGAGAGGCCUUAUAAGUGCCAGCACUGUGACAAAUGCUUCAAUCACAACGUGAGCCUGAAGAGUCACGUCCAGCGCUACCACACGCCGGGUUCUGGAUGUGAACAGAAGAAGGAUAAAAAAAACAAAACAGCGAGCAACACUGUUGACGCUCAGGGGAAUGGGAACAAGAAGGUGCAGGAGGAGAGAACAGAUACGCCAAAAAGUAAAAGGAGGAGCACAGGCAGACCGAUAGGAAGGCCGAAGAGAAGUGACAGCUCGGCUCAGGGAGGGGGAAUGAAGGGACGGAGUUCAAACACCAAGACUGCCAAAGUAAAAGUGCGGAAGUUAAAGAGAACACGCUGCAGCGAUGAGCAGAGCGAGGGCGAGCCGACCGAAAGCGAUGCAUCGCUUGACUCUGCACAGAGGGAAGAGGAGGGGAGAGAGAAAGUGACAUGGAGCACAAGCAGAGUAAGAGGAAGAGCAAGGAAGGACUUUAACCCAGAAGACUCUGAGAAAAAGAGGUGCAGUGGGAAGGGCUCAGGGAAGCGCCUGGGAAGACCAAGAAAGACCCAAGUAGUGGAAGACACUUAAAAAUCCAUCGAUUAAGAGACAUGCAAUUAAGAGCGUCAUACAGAAGAUUCAAGAUUCAAGAGUCUUUAUUGUCAUUGAGCAUGUCAAUGAAAUUUUCAUUGCAACCCCCAUGUUAACUGGACUGUUUUCCGUGAUAUAUUUGACAUUGCACAUGCACAGUUAGGCUGGAGUAUUUAAAAAUGUCUUCGCUUUUGGUUGUUAAGCAAUCAUGUCUUUCAAGAUACUUUUGACGUGGACGCCAUGGGAUCAAACUGGGUGGAAUUAAACUGUGUAGUGCCCGUUUUCCUUUUUGUUGGAAAUGUUUAAUAAUUCCUGUUACCUACUGUAUAGGAACAUUUAGAUGUCCUAUGCAGCCAACAAGAUGUUGGUGGGUGGAUACCAGUAUCAGGUCCCUGAAACUGAAUCAACUCAAUGAAAUUCAGCCAUCCUUCAUUUUAUUACAUUUACACCUGCACUUUUCCUCUUGUGACAUGUCAAAAUGUCUUUUGUGAAGAAGACCUCUUGCCUUUAUGUUCAACACAUGAAACUUUUUGAAAACUGUGAAGCAAUUUCGAGUGAUGCUAUAUUGUAGACUUAUAUCCAACAUUUCUGUUUUCACCUCAGUGUAACAGGUGUGAAAAGACCUUGUUCUAUUUGUCAUGCUCAGAGCAUCAAGAGCCAGGGAUCAAGUUCAUCAACCUCCACUGAAUGGAGAUGGAGGCAGGAAUGCUACAGAUGGAUGUCUCAAAACCUGGACGAUUAAAAACAAAACUAUCUGCAUGGGUAAAUCCCACUGGUGCUAAGCGAUGAAGUGUUCUGUACAUAUAUGAUUCGUGCUUUGGUGUAAAACGUGCUCGGCUCAACAGCCCCAUCUGCUGGUGGUGUGUUGGACCUGCAUUAUCAGUGCACAUCAAUGCUCGAGUUUGUUUAUUGUGAUUAAAUUGUAUU